AUGGAAAAACACCCAACAUAUAUCAUCGAUGCCUUCGCCAGUGAACGAUUCGCGGGAAAUCAGGCUGCUGUUUGCCUAAUUCCUAGGAUUCUGAGAGAUGAGGAAUAUCGUAAAAUUGCUGCUGAAUUUAAUCUUUCGGAAACAGCUUUUCCUAUUCCAACUAACGGUGAUUAUCAGACAGCAAGCGCUUUCACACUACGAUGGUUCACUCCAACCACUGAAGUGCCGCUAUGUGGACAUGCUACAUUGGCGACUAGCCAUGUUUUGUUCAAUGAAAUAGGCAACAAAUCGCCAUCGAUCAGCUUUGCCACAAAAUCGGGAGAAUUAAUCGUUCAGAAAAGAGAUCAUGAUCAGGUUGAGAUGGAUCUUCCUCAGUAUGGGAUAACACUAGUUCGCUUUGUUGGAGCAGUUAAUCCUCUAUCCCGUUUAUUUUCUGAGUUCGAUGCUCCAUCUCAUUUGAUGGAUCUGAUCGACUGCAUUAUUCCAUCUUCUAUCACUGUCGAAGCUGUAGCAUAUGCGAGCGAGGCAAAGAAGCUGAUCAUAGUGAUCGACAAGCAAACUACAAAAUUUGAGCUUUCUGAAAUCAAUACAAAGCAGUCUUCGAAGAUGAAGGCGCUGGACCCGGAUGGCGAGUUUGUGCGUGGAGUCAUCGUCACUCUUGCGCCUUCUAAUGCAGAACGACAGGGCUUCACUGACGCUGAGGAUGAACCAUUCGACUACGUAUGCCGGUAUUUUGCUCCAUGGGUAGGAAUCACAGAAGAUCCAGCAACUGGUUCCGCUCAAUGCGCAUUGGCUCCGUUCUGGUCGGCUGUUUUAGGGAAACGUGCUCUAUACGCUUAUCAGUCAUUCCCCAAUCGUGGAGCACAGUUCCGAGUUCAUUUGCUGGAUUCUAAACGAAUAACUUUAUUGGGUCGAUCAGUCACUGUCUUAGAAGGACAACUACAUCUGAACGAAGCUAUUUUUUAUUGA